AUGACAGACGUUCAUAUUGACGCCAACUUAUUCUAUAAAAGGUUGGCAAUCUUGCAAAAGACUCUAGCGGAUGAGUCAAUCCCGCAAGGAUUGGUCAUUGUUGGUGCACGUAAUGAUGACAAUACAUACAAGAAAUCGACUGUUUUACAAAACUGGUUAUUGGGUUACGAAUUUGUGCAUACGGCAAUUUAUGUGUCGCCCUCGAGAUGCAUCUUCAUCACGUCUGAAGGGAAAGCAAAAUACUUGAAAGGCUUGACCAAUAAGCCAGAUACAGUAGAACUAUGGACUAGAACUAAAGACCCAGAAAGAAACAAGCAGUUGUUUGUUGAUGUGAUUGCUGAUAUGAAAAAAGUGGGUGAUGAAUACGGAACCGUUUUGAAGGAUAAGUAUGAAGGAAAGUUUGUCGAGGAGUGGACUGAGGCAAGCAAGGAUUCCGGGUUCAAAGUUGUUGACUUGGGGUUAGCAUUAUCAAAAGCAAUGGAAAUUAAGGAUUCAGAAGAAUUUGAAAAUACUAAAAUUGCUUCAAAUGCGAGUGUGGCCAUGAUGGACACAUUUGUUAAUGACAUGACUGCAAUUGUUGACGAGGAGAAAAGAGUCACCAACUCACAAUUGACUGAUCAAAUUGAGGACAAAAUUGACAACAACAAAUGGUACUUGAAGACUAAAUUGGGAAAGAGUUUGCUACAACCAAUCAAGGGUUUUGAUCCGGAAUUUUUGGAGUGGUGUUAUUCACCAAUUAUUCAAAGUGGAAGUGAUUUUGAUUUAAAACCUAGUGCAAUUUCAAACGAGAAAGUGUUGGUUGGUGAUGGUGUUAUUUUGUCAUCGAUUGGAUUGAGGUAUAAAUCUUAUUGUGCCAAUGUUGGAAGAACUUUUUUAAUUGAUCCAUCGAAAGAGAUGGAAAAUAAUUACGGGUUUUUGUUGAAAUUGCAACAAUACAUUGCCGGGGAGUUGUUGAAAAGUGGUGUCAAGGCAAGCAAGGUGUAUCAAGAUGCCUUGGAAUAUAUCAAAAAGGAAAGACCCGAUUUGGCUGACAAGUUUACCAAAAAUUGUGGUUGGUUAAUUGGAAUUGAAUUUAGAGACUCGACUUUCAUCUUGAAUGCCAAAUCUGAAAGAGUAUUAACUGAUGGUCAAAUAAUUUCCUUAACCAUUGGAUUUCAAAAUUUGCCAAACAAAAACAAAACCUAUUCCAUUCUUUUAACAGACACGUAUAAAAUCAGUGUUGAUAAGCCAAUCUUGUUGACAAAUUACCCAAAGGCGCAACUGGAUGUGUCGUUUUAUUUCAAUGAUGAAGAUGAUGAAAAAAAGGUAAAGCCCGAGAGGAAACCGGUUGAGGACCUCGAUCACUCACAUAAAACCAGGCAUCAGAAUGUCAAUGACGAUGACAAGAAUGCUGAAAAGAUUAGACAAGAAACCCAAAUGAAAUUGCAUGAAAAGAGAACUGAGGAAGGAUUGGCAAGAUUCUCCAAAGCUGAUGCUACUGAUGCCUCUGAUUACAAGCCAAUUUUCAAAAAAUACGAAUCAUAUGUGCGUGAAUCCCAAAUUCCAAGCAGCGUGGCUGACUUGAAGAUCCAUAUUGAUUAUAAAAACCAGACGAUUAUAUUGCCAAUUUCAGGGAGACCAGUUCCAUUCCACAUCAAUGCUUAUAAGAGUGGUUCUCAAAAUGAAGAAGGUGAGUACACAUAUCUCAGAUUAAACUUUAACUCUCCAGGAGCUGGAGGUAAUGUCACUAGAAGAGCAGAGUUGCCGUAUGAAGACUCGCCUGACAAUACAUUCUUAAGAUCGAUCACCGUUAGAUCUAAAGAUCGUGAUCGUAUGGUUGAUGUUUUCAAAGCAAUUCAAGAUUUGAAAAAGGAUUCUGUCAAGAGAGAACAAGAAAAGAAGCAAAUGGCUGAUGUUGUUGUGCAGGCAAACCUUGUAGAGUUGAAAGGUUCGAGAAUGAAGAAAUUGGAAAAUGUGUUUGUAAGACCUACGCCCGAUACCAAGAAAAUUGGUGGUGUAUUGCAAAUUCAUGAUAAUGGGUUGCGUUAUCAGUCAAGUUUCAAAAUGGACCAAAAGAUUGAUAUAUUGUUUUCCAACAUUAAGAAUCUAUUUUUCCAACCAUGCAAGGAUGAAUUGAUUGUUCUCAUACAUUGUCAUUUGAAGAAUCCUAUAAUGAUUGGAAAGAGAAAGACAUUUGAUGUGCAAUUUUACCGUGAAGCUAGUGAUAUGGCGUUUGACGAAACUGGAGGUAGGAAAAGAAAGUAUAGGUAUGGUGAUGAGGACGAAUUGCAACAAGAACAAGAAGAAAGGAGAAGAAAGGCCUUGUUGGAUAGAGAGUUUAAACAAUUUGCUGAACUUAUUGCCGACAGUUCUAAUGGGCUUGUUGAUUUGGAUAUCCCAUUUAGAGAAUUGGGUUUUCAAGGUGUUCCUUUCAGAUCCUCGGUGUUGUGUAUUCCUACUAGAGACUGUCUUGUGCAAUUGAUUGAUCCUCCAUAUUUGGUUGUAGCGUUGGAAGAAGUUGAAAUUGCGCAUUUGGAAAGAGUUCAAUUUGGAUUAAAGAAUUUUGAUUUAGUGUUUGUGUUUAAAGAUUUUGCUAAACCAGUUGUUCAUAUAAAUACUAUUCCUAUGGAAUUGCUUGAAGAUGUCAAGAAUUGGUUAACAGACGUUGAUAUUCCAAUUAGUGAAGGUCAAAUGAAUUUGAAUUGGGCUCAAAUUAUCAAGACGGUUCAAGCUGAUCCUUAUCAAUUCUUUUUGGAUGGUGGAUGGUCGUUCUUGACCGGUACUGGAGAAUCAGAUGAAAGUGAAGAAGAAGAACAGGAAAGUGACUUUGAAGCAAGUGAUGAAGAUCCACAAGAUGAAAGUGAAGAAAGUGAAGAGUACGGUAGUGACGAAGAAAGCGAUUUUUCAGGAAGUGGAAGUGGUAGUGAAGCCGAGAGUGAAGAAAGUGGUGAAGAUUGGGAUGAAAUGGAAAGAAAAGCUGCCAAAGCCGACCGUCAAGCAGCAUACGACUAA